AUGUUAUCCGGUACCGCAGAAAUCAUGGAGGUCUUGGAGGAACAACUUAUAAAGGAGAAGAACGUGGUGAUGCCUACGAAGGUGUUGAUCUUACUCUUGGUACCGUAUGUAAGAGAGAACCAACUAUCCACAGACUGCUUAAAUCCUGCUCCAAUCAGACGAAGUAAAAAAAGGAUUGAAACGUGUUUUUCGCAUUUCAUUGCUAUGGAUGAUGUGUCAUGGACAUUUGCAGAAAGAUUUAAAGAGCUUAUGAAUGUGACUUGGAAUGAAUUUAUCGAUAAAUGUGAUAAAACAACAUUUCUUAUUAUUGAUGAGGUACAAAAGAUUUAUAAGCCAGAGAAUGAGGACGAACCUCGCCAUGGUGGAAAUGUAUUUUGGAAUUCGUUUAAACGCAUACUACAAUCCUCAGGUCUUCAUAUUGUAGCAUUUGCUUCAUAUGGGCAUUAUGGUGCUUACACUGCUCGUGGAGAUCAUGCAAUUAUGGAUAUUUCACCAUGCUCUCUUCAAAAAAGCAACACGUGGGGAUUUGAAGACGUUUGUUUUACCAGAGAAGAAUUUAACAGUUACUUUAAUUAUUUUUGUGAGAAAAAUCUUCAAAUGUUAAAAGAAGAAGACAUUCCGCUUCUUUCUCGCUAUGUGUCUGAAAUAACAGCUCUCCAUCCCGGUUUAGUUGCCUUUACCAUGAACCAAAUUCAUAUGAGAUUCGUCAAACAUACUUUUGAGCGUUUGACAUUUGCAAAAGUUUUUGCUUAUCUCAAAUCUCGUGAUUUUAAUGAUCAUUUUAAGGAUAUUCGUGCAAUGCCAAAAAUUACUGAUAUGUUAGAUGAAGAAAAGAGAAUCGCCGAUACUGUACUCUUCAAGAAAGGGGGUCUUGAAAUUCUAACCAAUGCAAUUCCGCUUAAGAGUCGAAUUAUUAAGACAAAUAUUCUUGUUGAUACUGGAAUGACAAAAGCAGGUUAUUCAACCAUUAACUUUCCAGCACCAUUGCUUCGAGCAACAUAUCUUCAAAAUCGGUUUGGUUCAGUGACGCGGUCUAAAUCACCACCUAAUUCAUUCAAGGACUUCAUCAUUUCGGUGUUCGCAAAAAUGAACUCUAAGGUGUUACAAAAAAGCUUGGGUGUAGGCAAUGAUUGUCGUCUUCUUGAAAGCGUAUGGCAAAUGGAGUUCUACUGUGCAUCAAUGCAAGUUCUUCCUGUGGACAUUUAUGCUUCUGUAGAUGUUGGAGCAGUAUUCGGGUCAGUGGGCUACUUAGAUUUUUAUAUAAAUGAUCAGCAUAACUGGGCCAUUGAACUUUUGCGGGAUGGAGACAAAUUGCAAGAACAUCAACAAAGAUUUCAAAAAGAUGGUCGAUAUACCUCUAUUCUUAAAUAUGCACUUUGUGCUGAAGACUUUAAAUCUGUUCAGUUGAUAUAUCCUGAUGGAAGUAACGAUCGUGUUCAAUUGCUAGGUGAAGAAGAAAAUUUACUUGGGUAUGAUAUAUCGGAAUUUUUAGAUGAUCCUACCUAG